UCACGUAUCACUCCACGAUCGAAGUUAUAUAUAUACAAUAUAAGAAUGGCUUCCAUUGGCAAGCUUGAUGUAGAAGUUGAGGUGAAGUCUGAUGCAGAUAAGUUCUGGGGAAUCAUUAAGGAUUCUGUCACCAUCCUACCUAAGGCAUUCCCUAAUGACUACCAGAGCAUUGAAGUUCUUGAAGGCGAUGGAAAGUCCAUUGGUUCUGUUCGUCUAAUCACAUAUGGGGAAGGUUCUCCUAUUGUCAAGAUUUCGAAGGAGAAGAUCGUCAAUUUUGAUGAAGCAAACAAGACUGUUGCUUUUACUGUGAUCGAUGGGGACCUGAUCAAAUUCUACAAGCAUUUCAAAUGCCACAUUACUGUGACUCCAAAGGGAGAUGGGAGCCUGGCAAUAUGGCUAUGCGAGUUUCAAAAGACUAGUGACGAGGUUCCAGAUCCACAUGUCAUCAAGGACUUUGUAGAGAAGAACUUCAAGGAGCUGGACGAGUUUGUUCUCAAGCAAUAAUAAUAGAGGCCAUUUUGGGUCUGAUACGUAUCUGGGGAUAUUUGAAUAUUUAUGGUCUAAUAAACAGUAUAAGUAGUAGUUUGCAGUGCAGUACUCAUUUCAAUCCGUAGCGUACGUGUUUCUUAAUAAAUAUCCAGCUUGUUAGGUGGCUCAAGUUAAUGUUACUGUAUGUGUUCUCAUAUUGGAUAAGGUGGAUUAAAUUUUUCAUUUGAAGAACUGAAUUAUAUGCCACUAUCAGACUCUGUUACUUAAUUGAAAGCUUAUUCUAUUAUUACUUAUUGGGAGCUCUGUUAUUACUUA